AAAUUGUGCAAGUCAAUCUUGUCGUGUCAUUGCUAUGCACAAGUGACUCCAAGGGGUCAUAUACAAUGACAUUCCACAGCUUCUUGAGCUCUGCUACUUCGACGUGCGGUGGAUCUUGGGCUGUCGGACUUCUGCUUUUCGUGGGUGCUAUUCAGGGUCUGAAAGCUCUUGUUCGCUUCGCCUCUGGCAUAUAUGUGUACUACCUUAGACCUGGCAAGAACUUGAAAAGGCUAGGACAGUGGGCAGUGGUGACUGGAGCAACGGAUGGCAUUGGGAGGGCGUAUGCUGAUGGUCUAGCCAAGAAAGGCUUGAACGUGGUUCUCAUCUCACGGACGCAGUCUAAGCUGGACACAGCUGCUGGGGAGAUAGAGGCCAAGUACAAGGUGAAGACCAAGACGCUGGCUGUGGACUUUGGCAAGGCCGACGGCGCCACCUGGGCCAUGCUGAAGGCUGAGCUGGCGCCGCUGGCUGUGGGGAUCCUGGUGAACAAUGUGGGGGUCUCCUACCCGCAUGCAGAGUACUACGAGGCCAUCGAUGACCAGCUCAUCGAUGACCUCAUCAACAUCAACAUCCAGGCCACCAACAAGAUGACGCGCAUCGUGCUGCCGGGCAUGAAGCAGCGCAAGAAGGGUGCCAUCGUCAACAUCGGCAGUGCAGCGGCCACUGUGGCGCCUUCUGGGCCCCUGUACGCGGUGUACGCCGGCACCAAGGCGUACGUGGACAUGUUCAGCAAGUCGCUGGACCUGGAGUACCGCCAGUUUGGCAUCAGCUGCCACAACCAGGCGCCCGCGUACGUGGCCACCAAGAUGUCCAAGAUCCGCAAGCCCACCAUGGACGCCCCCUCGCCCGCCAACUGGGUCAAGGCCGCCAUCGCCCACAUCGGCUACGAGGUCACCCAGUGCCCCUUCCCGUACCACGGUGCGAUGUGGGGCAUUGUGAGCAGCGCGCCGCUGUCUGUGGUGAACCUGUACCUGCUGCACUUCCACCUGCUGCUGCGCAAGAAGUACUACAAGAAGCUGGAGCGCGAAGCCAAGGCCAAGGGCCAAUAGACUCGUAUCGUCAGUGGGAAUGAACAGUUGUGACAGCAUGUUCAGCGCUACUUUGCUAGAUGCAAUCACGGCAGUGGCGAGCAGGCACUCAGCACUGAUGAUGUGCUACACUGAGAAGUUGAUCACCUGAAAAGGAGGAAGAGGUUGUGCAGGAUCUACUGGACACUGAUCUGAGGAACCUGGAGUGUUACUUUAUUGAAUUGGGAUCUUUGCAUCACUUGAGAAUUGAGAGUGGGGCAUUGCCAUGGCAGCAAAAGGGAUUGACUCGAAUGUGCACCUGACUGAGAGUCAAACCUUGUCCUUUCAAGGCAAACCUGUACUCUGCUGGCGGCACUGACGUCGGUGUAAUCAUGUACUAUGCUGG